AUGUCCAGUGAAGCGGCAAUGGAGGAGCAGCAUAGGGCGUAUCGCCCCGAUGACCCGGAGUUCUACCUGCAGGAGACGGGGCAGCUGAGCCCUGGCGCCGAGUUGGCCAGCGUGCUGGGGGCUAUUGUGUUCAGCGCUGGCCGCCUUGUCGCCCUGAACUGCCUGUGGGCGCCGGUGAAUCGGCUCUACCUGCUGCAGUGUGCGGAGGGGGGACUUGUUGAGGGUGGGCGGCUCCCACACGGCGGGUUUGGCGGGAUUCAGGGCUGUGUCCAUUACAUACUGAAGAAGGAGGGAGCCCUGGGCUUCUUCCGCGGCGGCCUCACGGACACGGUGUUGUCGAUGCCGGCGUACCUCGUCCGGGUCACCGCAGUCCUCUGCACGCUGUGGCUGCAGCAGCGGUUGGCGGCUGCCUCCUGGACUGCAGCGGUCUUGCUCGGGGUGGCCGCACCGGGGCUACGCGUGCUGCUUACGGCGCCCAUUGCGGGGGCCAAGAACACGCUGCUCUGUAACUACGCCGCCGACAUCGUCGCACCCAGCGGCGGCGCGGCGGCAGUGAACGCAGAAGCGAAAGAGGAAGAGGCGUACUUGUACUGCUCGGCGGGGGAGGCGGCGGCGGCUGUGCGCAAGUGCUGGGGUUGGAAAGGGAUUUUAUUCAGGGGGUUGGACGUGGACAUCGCCGCCGUCUACGCACAGAGCCUGACGUUGCAGCUGAUAGGACGGUUUCUUGCGCCCAGCCUCGACCAACUCAUUGGGGAACAGACCCAGCGGCCUUGGCGGCAAGCUGCUGCGGCGGUCACCGCCACCAUUGGUGUGCGUUUCAUCUGCAGCUUCUUAUUUCAGCCCUUUCAGGUCAUACGCGUGCGCAUGACCCUGCUCACGACCCGCGCGAAGCAGAAACCGAGGCGAAGUCGCUGGUUCUGGCACUACGCCCGAGAUAUGCUGCAUCAGGACGGCAUUACCGCCUUCUGGGCCGGUUUUCGCAUGCGUUUCCUGCUUGAUGUGGCCAGCAUUCUCUUUGGCACCCUCGUAGGGUAUUGA